UCCAGCCGCGGAGCCCGCGGCCAGGGCGGCGCAGACCGGCCCAGCGACUCUCCCAGCUGCGCGCCGGGACGCGCUGCUGCGGUCGCCGAGCCGCCCUGGGACCCUCGCCCCGGGGCUCGCCGAGAGGAGGUCUCCACCCCUGAGCAGGAGAGGGACCGCCCACCUUUGAGGCCAGGUCUGUGCCUUCUUUGCUCCUGGACCAAACGGGACUGUCUGCAGCUGCUCCCCCAGGGCUUGGGAGAGUGUGGACUCCCAGGGCCAAGGGCCACCCCCUGCCAUCGAGAGGGGGGCUGAGAAGGGGGCCCUGAGCCUAGCCCACCAGCCUCCCCAGCCCCCGGUGGGCAUGGACCAGCAGCCCUGAGCUGCCAGAGCCCAUGCCUGGCCCCCAGGGGGGCGGAGGAGCCCCCACCAUGAGCCUGGGCAAGCUCUCGCCCGUGGGCUGGGUGUCCAGCUCCCAGGGAAAGAGGCGGCUCACUGCAGACAUGAUCAGCCCCCCGCUCGGGGACUUCCGCCACACCAUGCAUGUGGGCCGAGGCGGGGACGUCUUCGGUGACACCUCCUUCCUCAGCAACCAUGGUGGCAGCUCUGGGGGCACCCACCGCUCACCGCGCAGCUUCCUAGCCAGAAAGCUCCAGCAGGUGCGGAGGGUUGGGGUGCCACCCCGAAGGAUGGCAUCCCCUCCAGCGCCCUCGCCGGCUCCCCCUGCCAUCUCCCCCAUCAUCAAGAACGCCAUCUCCCUGCCCCAGCUCAACCAGGCCACCUACGACAGCCUGGUGGUGGGCAAGCUCAGCUUCGAUGGCAGCCCCACGGGCCCCGCAGAUGGCCGCUCCAGUUACGGCCUGGACUCCGGAUUCUGCACCAUCUCCCGUCUGCCCCGCCUGGAAAAGCCCAGCAACCCAGACCCAGACCGAGACAGCUCCUUCCCCACUGAGCCUGAGCUUCGCCGCUCUGACUCCCUCUUGUCCUUCCGCCUUGACCUUGACCUUGGGCCCUCUCUCCUCAGUGAGCUUCUAGGGGUCAUGAGCCUCUCCGAUUCCCCUGCAGCUGAGACCCCAGGCGCUGCCACAAAGCCCCCAGAACCUGCCACAAAGCCCCCAGAACCUGCCACAAACCCCCCAGAACCUGCCACAAAGCCCCCAGCACCUAACCCCACUGUAAGUCCUCUGUCUCAUGGACAUUUCCCCAAUGGGGUGACUGCUAAGCUGGGCCCAGUGGCUGAAGUGAGGGCCAACCCACUGGGAGAGGGUCCCCGGGGACCUGCCGACAUGGCCCUGGGCAGGCGUUGGGGAGCAGGAUGGGGGGGCAGCCGCCACUACACCGAAAUGGAUGCCCGCCGGGAGCUGGUGGAGGUGCUGCCCCAGGCCCGGGGCUCCUGGGAGAGCCUAGAGGAGUGGAGGGCCCCCACGGCGGGCAUCAGGGCCCCCGUGCCCAGCACAGUACAGGCCCACACCUUUGCGUUUGCAGAUGCUGAGGAGGAUGACGAGGUCAAGGUGUGAGUGCAGGUCGAGGGCUUGGGGACCUCAUGGAGAGCCGGGGGCAGACCAGCCCCUGGCCUACCAGAGUUGGCUCCUGCCAGACAAGAUGGGGGAACCCACGUCCCCCUAAACCCCUGCAGGUCUCUGCAGGGCAGACAUGGGAGAGAGGACAGGAGACCCACUCUGUCGUGGGACCUGGGUCCCCAGCGGCCAUGCUGAGCUAAUAGGCCUCCCUUAGGCCCCACCCCAGCCACGCCCACCAGCUGGGGCCCCCCUCAAGACGUGUGGCCUUGUGCCAGAUGAAUGCCAUGGGGACUGGGGGGGGUCCCACACGGGGCCAUGUCUCCUCUCCCAGUGGCACAUCUGUCCCCAGAGGGUCCCUGCUGUAUUUCCCCAAAAGCCCCAUCCCAGGCCACCCCCCCAGCCCUCCCACUUGUCUCAGAGAAAGGUCCUUUGCAACCCCUUGGGAAGCACCCCGCCUUCCUGUGGACCCCAGACCUGCCUUUGGGGCCUGAUUAAAAAGGCUUUUUGAUAAAAGGUGUCCUGCAAAAAGCUUGGGGACCAGCAUUAGGUCCCCUGCAGAGACACCCUCCCCUCCUGGGAAUUUGGAAAGCCAAGGUCACCCCUGGGGAGGGCUGUGGGGUGGUGAGUCACGGGCAGGAAUGCCCUGAGAUAAGGGCCCAGGUGGGAGCCUUAUCUGCAGUUUCUGGAACAGCCCCUGCCCCAGGUGCCUGGAACCAGGUCUGUCCCACAGGGCAGCGUGGCAUUUGCUCUGGCGAUAAGCAGGGAGGGAGGCAGCGUCCAGUGCUAGCGUCUGAGAGCAGUCCCAGGUCCCCUGCCACCCCCACCUGGGAGACGCAGGAGUAUUAAAACACGGGAGUGCCCCCCACAGGCUCCAG